UUUUAAAUUGAUCCACACUCAUUAUCUCUAUACUUGGAAGAGGUAUUGUCUUCUUGCAGGAUUUCUUGCUCUUUCACCUUUUUCUCCUUUUUCGCGUCCUGUACAGCCAAACUAUUCUGUGGUUUGUCUAUUUUUCUAUUGUAAUAUUUUCUGGCGUAUUGCUGCUUUUUUUUCCUGCAGUAAGAACUUUGUGCACCCGAGGCUCGACCGUGAGACACACUAACUCCUCUCUGGCUGCGCGUCCAAUCAGCGGGAGCUCUGCAGAGCCGUUCUGUUGUAAUUGGAUGGAAAUGGGAGAGGAAUACGUAGCCUUGGCACAAUGUAAACACAUGCUCGUCUCCUUCGCUCCGUGGAGGACGCACCGGCUAGAGCGGAUGGAGUGAGCGAGGUUUCAAAGUUUUUGUCAUUGUCCUUUAAUCACAUUCAAAACGUCAAUAUCUGAGAAACGGGUUUUCUGUGCGCGGUCCAUCAGCCCCUCAGUUUGGCACGGAUCAAAGAAGGUGUUUUUCUUUAUCAUCGGCUCUGUGGAUUACGCACGGCGGAGAAAAGUUUUAAAAGCUGUUGUUUUUUGCACAGAAAUGCGUCAGAAAGUGUGUUUUGUCACACAGCUCUCUGCAGUCACAAGUAUACUUACUAUAUGACUAUCUCAGUCUCUAUGGAGUGAUUUGGCACUUCUUUUUUUUAUACCAGUCGCCCAAAAGAUUUGCUGAUGCUGAGAUAGACUGAAUUUAUGAAUGGAUUAGAGUAAACCGGGACUUUAACCAAAUAUCACAAGGCAGAAAUCCAUCUGAAGAUAUAUGCUUUGGGGGAUGGCAACAGCCACCUCAAGUCCGUACCUAGCCAGCAGUAGGAUUUUGUCCGGCCCGGUCCUUCACUCUGACCGGAGGGGUGGUGGCAUGCAGCCGGGCAGCACCGCUGUGACCACGGUGUCUAGUGGAUACAGAGGGGACCCUUCAGUUAAGAUGGUGCAGAGUGACUUCAUGCAGGGAGCCAUGGUGGCGAGCAACGGGGGCCACAUGCUAAGCCAUGCCCACCAGUGGGUGACAUCGUUGCCUCACGCAGCAGCCGCAGCAGCCGCGGCCGCGGUGGCUGCAGCCGAGGCCAGCUCUCCGUGGCCCCCCAGCUCCCAGCAGCAGGACGUGAAGAGAAACAGCGGCAGGGAGGACCUUCACUCAGGCUCCGCUCUGCACCACAGGUCCUCACAUUUGGGACCCCAUCAGACGCACCCGGGAAGUUGGGGAGGCACGUCUGCGGCGCACAUCAGCAUCACCGAGGUGCAGCAGCAGCAGCAGCAACAGUCCCUCAUUUACUCCCAGCCCGGCGGGUUUACUGUUAACGGGAUGCUCAGCUCGCACGCGGGGCAGAGCCUCAUGCACCCAGGACUGGUGCGCGGGGAGUCCCCAGAGCUGGAUCACGGCAGCCACCAUCACCACCAUAAUCACCACACGCACCAUCACCAGCAUCACGGGGUGAGUCAUGAGCCGCACUCAGACGAGGACACCCCGACGUCGGAUGACUUAGAGCAUUUCGCCAAACAAUUCAAACAGCGUCGGAUCAAGCUUGGUUUCACACAGGCAGAUGUGGGCUUAGCUUUGGGCACCCUGUACGGCAACGUGUUCUCGCAGACCACCAUCUGCAGGUUUGAAGCGCUUCAGCUGAGCUUUAAGAACAUGUGCAAGCUGAAGCCUCUGCUGAAUAAAUGGCUGGAGGAGGCCGAUUCCACCACUGGGAGUCCGACCAGCAUCGAUAAAAUCGCCACUCAGGGCAGGAAGAGGAAAAAGCGCACAUCCAUUGAGGUGAGCGUAAAAGGCGCAUUGGAGAGCCACUUCCUCAAGUGUCCCAAACCCUCCGCACAGGAGAUCACCUCUCUGGCGGACACUCUGCAGCUGGAGAAGGAGGUGGUCAGGGUCUGGUUCUGCAACCGCAGGCAGAAAGAGAAGCGCAUGACGCCGCCUGGACUGCCACGCACCCCGGAGGACGCAUAUUCACAAGUGGGCAGCAUCGGUCCUGACACACCGUCCCCAUCCAUAGACUGCAAGAGGAUGUACAGCGACACGUGAAAAUAACUCCAAACACAAUGAACUCUGAACAACGUGAAGUGUUUGAAUAGAUUUUUAGAGAAAAUGUUUCAUGUUUCCCUGAAUGAUGGGAUAAUUGGUUAACUUUUCUUACAGCUCCCCGUGUUCUUUGAUCCACUAUGACAAUGUUAUCCAGUGUGUAUUCAUUUCAGAGCAGCACAAAGGUCUACUUUUACGCAUCGUCCGGUAUUUUUCUGUCUGCACUAUGACUCCUCUAGGGCAGAAAAUGAAAGCUUGACUAAAAUCUGAAAAGAAAACACGUUUUCAAAGUCCAUCUACAGUGUUUGUUCACUAAAAGAUCCUUAAUAGUUAAAACAGAAAAAAAUCCCCUUUCCGUAUCAGUCUGUACUGUAAAAAAAAAAAGUUCCCUUUUAAUGCUGCGGAUUUAUGUCACAGGCUAGACUUCUAAAUGAAAGAUAUUGGUUUAAUGCGCUUUAUUCCCCAUUGAGUUGUUUUAAUGAGCAAUAAUUUAUCAAACGUGUUUCUCAAUUUUGUGUUGUGUGCCAGUGAAUUUUAUGUUGUGACACAGUUUCAGAUGGUCAAAGAAGGAUUUAUUACACUAUUCUGUGUUCCUUGAUAGGAAACUUCGUUUCUUUUAAAAUUAGCAAACAUUCCCUUAAG